GACCUGCAGAUGCCAUUGGCAAAUCUUCCAGUUGGCCAUCAUGAGUAUGUCACCCGCAGAUUGUGAAGGAGGAAAAGAGACACAGAGUCUCAGAUAUCUCAUACAAGUCACAGAAGCGUAGAUGCGAGUGAACCCCCGUUCUGUACUGUAGCAAGAGCUUGCACAAAACAGAUUCUUGUGUGAUCUUAUUACGGGAUAGCCCGAACAGGUCCCACAGGCCGAGCACAGGCCCUAUGUGGACUCAGUGCACCUAGUGGACGUCAAAGUGCGGAGAUGGGUUAUGUACCGCCAUGGGUUAUGGCGUGCGCUCGUCCAGGGGGUAGACUCCCCAGCUGGUAUAAGAAUGUCGGUCAGCCCACGCUGGCUGCUCACGAGUCUGAGACUUCGACGUGUAGUACCUUAUUCUGGUCGUUCUUUGCAGCCCACACUCUCUUUUACAACCAACUCUAUCCUUCGGGACUCCACAUUCAUUUUCUAGCGCUCUGCUAAGCUACUCAUACGGACUCGCCAAAUUACAACUACCCAUCGUAACUUUCACGUCGUCAAAUUCACCAUGCGUUCCGUCAGCAUCAUCUCUGCUCUCGCCCUUGUUGGCUCUACUCUGGCUGCUCCUGUCGCCGAGCCCAAACUCGUCAUUGUUACCCAGACGGCCGUCACUACCGUCACCCAGGGUGCUGCCCCUACUCAGGCUGUUGAGAAAGUGGAGGCAAACUACCGCCCGGAAGGUCAAGGCAACCGAAGGCCCGACCCUGUGACCAUCAUCAGGACUAUCAAAUACGGCGGAGGGCCCCAAACCACUCAGCAGCCUGCCCAGCCCACCUACGCCCCGGCCCCCCCUCCCCCAGCUCCCUCCUCUGAACCUCCCAAGGUUACCUACGCCCCAGCUCCUCCUCCCCCAGCUCCCUCUUCCAAGGCCCCUGAGCCCACCUACGCCGCCCCGGCACCUUCCACUGGCGGAUCCGGUAGUUAUAUCGACAUCGUCAACAAAUGGCGCGCGAAGAUCGACCGCGCGCCUCUCGAGCUUGACCCCAAACUUGAGGGCAAUGCUCAAGUCACCUGCAACGAGGGUGACGGUGCGAUGAAGCACAAGAUCGAGAAGGGCUCAGGAACUGGCGGACAAGUCCUUGCUCCUGUUGCUCCUGGUGCCGACCCUACCGACUUCGAGAAGGUAUUCGUCGGAGGCUGGCUCUGCGAAGUUUCCUCUGACCCUGGACUUGGCUCAGAGGUUUGCGACAAACUUAGCAAGGGCUACAACUUGGCCGGCCAGAGGGGUCACUAUGACAUCCUCAAGAGCGACAAGUACACCAAGAUCGGAUGUGGCUUCUACAAGGACAUCUGGGGCUGCGAUCUCGGCAGCUAGAUCAAUCAUUGGAUGGAUAAGGUGGGAUGGUCAGGUCACUGUUCCUCCAUGUCUGCGACGGUUUUGCGUAUGCUGUACGGCUCUUGAUUUUGCGAACGCCAAGGACAUACUUUCCUAUCUAUUCUUCUAUUCCUGUACGUUUUUUGUACGAUUCUCUGUUGAUAAGAAAACCGCCUUUUGUUACAUAAGAGGUCGCAAUUGAUGCCAUGCCACAUCGAUGUUGAAUCGAGUAAAAUAUUUCCUCAAACUUUGCACUAUACUCACCCAUUCGUGUCGUGCAUCUAUGUGAUAUCUUUACACAGUACCUGUCAUUUGAUCAUCCCAUCAGCGGAUGCCAGGGGCGCAAAAGAGCGUACGCGCGCACAAGGUCAUCUCAUUGCAGCCCCAAUCGUUUGUUUCCAAACCGGGCUCUUCUCCCGUAAGCACGUCCGCCGGCGCUUACCCGUUACCGCAAUCACAAACCAUUAGCAAUUCAGUAAAUACGAAUCAGGAGGCCUGUUUCUUUCAGAGGAUGAUUACAGUCCAUCCAGCCACAUGCUUGUUUUUUUGUUUUAGGCCUUCACGUCAGACGGCCUGACCGUUGUCGCGGCCUACCACACAGCGGAGAUGACGGUCGCAGCCUGCAUGAGGCGUGGCUCUUUUGCAGCUGGAUGGACGUGAUUAUAUUUUACCUUGUUCGGACUUCUACAAAACUACGUAAGCGAUCGGGGCUCGACACUCAGCUCUCACGUAUCGUACUUCUCUUCUGCUCAGUGUCUCGGGCAUGGAAAAGGAAAUGCCUGGGAACACUGCACGCACAUACUCACACUGCGGACUGGAGUGCCUCUUCCUGCGUCAACCGUAAUUGGGAGGUCACUGAUUGAUUGAUUUCAUUUCGUCUGAAAACCCCGCAAUCAUCUCCACAAUCAUGUCCUGAGACUGUCUGGCAGAUUGGUUCAAUUUUUGCGCGAUUCAAAGCGCUCAACUCGUAAUUGGACCGCGCUGGUACCCCUGGUCGCAUUGAGAAUGGCCGAUCUUCAUUUCCAGGUCCCUCCAAUCCUGACUAUUCACAGUAUUGGUUCUUCCAACUUUGGUCCCUUGGUCUCCAGUGUUUAUUCCUCCGAACAAGUUUAGGGGUCUCCAGACAUUGGUAAUGGCGUCACUGAAUCUAGCACAUACGGGCACGUGAUAUGUGUGCAUAGAAGAUCUGAGUCACGUGAAGGGCACACCCUUGGAUAUCUGGGAUGACGUAUUCUUAGCAACGAAUUAUAGAUAGCAUAUCGGAAUCAUUGAUGGGGAAUCAUAGUAGCAAUAUGUAAGCUAUGCAUAUGUGAAUCGUCGAUCGUGGUAACCGUAACGCCUUGCUAACGUCACAAACAAAUUUCGAAACGUGCGUCCUUCCAUUCCCCCAUAACUUUGCCAGUAUCCACUCCCAUGACACCACGCUACACAUGAAUCCACACAAAAAAUAGAAACCUCUUCCAUACCCAUCCCAGUAGAACACGUGCACCUCCAAUAUUACCGUUGCCCCCAUAACAACGCU